UUCCCAUUCGAACCUUUUGAAAUCUCUUACAUAGACAUGAAUUACCUAUUGGGGGUAAGGAAACUGGAUAAAUAACAAACAGUGCUCUGAUACCAAAGGACAGGAGUGGGGCUUGAUUUUCACGUUGACUCUGAUGAUUGAGAGAUCUAGAAAAUAUACUUUAAAAAGCAAAACUUGUAGCUGCUGCAUCAUCUCCUCAGCCUGCUAUGGGACUGCCAGCUCGCUUUCAGCCAGCCCCUCUCUCCUGCUCUGGUCUCUACAGAGCUUUGGCUGCUCAGUUGCCAGUAUUACCACGGUCAGACGUGACCUUCUUGGCCCCAGUCACGCGACCAGACAAGGUGGUGUGUGUGGGCAUGAAUUAUGUGGACCACUGCAAAGAACAGAACGUGCCCGUGCCCAAGGAGCCCAUCAUCUUCAGCAAGUUUCCCAGCGCCAUCGUGGGGCCCUACGAUGAGGUCGUCCUCCCACCUGAGAGCCAGGAGGUGGACUGGGAGGUGGAGCUGGCCGUGGUCAUUGGAAAGAAAGGCAAGCACAUCAAGGCCACAGAUGCCAUGGCUCACGUGGCUGGUUUCACUGUGGCUGAUGAUGUGAGUGCUCGUGACUGGCAAAUAGGACGCAACGGGAAGCAGUGGCUGCUGGGAAAAACUUUCGACACCUUUUGCCCCCUGGGCCCUGCUUUGGUGACCAAGGACAGUAUAGCAGAUCCACACAACUUAAAGAUCUGCUGCCGGGUGAAUGGGGAGGUGGUCCAGAGCAGCAACACCAGUCAGAUGGUAUUUAAGACGGAAGAGCUGAUAGCAUGGGUCUCCCGGUUUGUCACUCUUUACCCAGGGGAUGUCAUCCUGACUGGGACCCCACCAGGUGUUGGUCUGUUCAGAAAACCUCCUGUCUUCCUCAAGAAGGGAGAUGAAGUCCAGUGUGAGAUUGAAGAACUAGGUGUCAUCGUCAACAAGGUGGUGUGAUGGCUCCUGCACAGACCCUGUACUUAAAACAAGAUUGUGGGCACCUGCUCCCACUCAGACCAGCACAGGGAAAUACCCAGACAUGGGUUGUUGGCAGCCCCCCCAAGGCUCUUCUAGGAGGAAGGGAGAAAGAUAGAGUGCUCCUCAAUAAAUCUGUCAAGCCAAAGCAGCA